CAUUUAGUUUCUUUUUAUUUUCCCAAUAGAGUUGCUUGGCAAUGUUUUCUUUAAUGUUUUUUCCUGUUUAUUUUCCAGAGGUUCUUUUGCGCAUGGAUUGCGUGGGUAUCUGCGGGUCGGAUGUUCACUACUGGCAGAGUGGUGCCUGCGGACCAUUCUUAGUAAAGGAACCCAUGAUCAUGGGCCAUGAAGCGAGCGGAGUCGUAGCUAAGUUAGGUGCAAAGGUGAAGAGUCUUAAGGUGGGUGACCGCGUAGCUAUCGAGCCCGGCGUGCCGUGCCGAUACUGCGAGUUCUGCAAGACUGGCCGCUACCACCUCUGUCCUGACAUCAUAUUCUGUGCCACGCCGCCCUGCCACGGCAACCUGGUGCGGUACUACAAACAUGCUGCCGACUUCUGCUACAAACUCCCGGACCACGUGUCUAUGGAGGAAGGCGCGCUGCUGGAGCCGCUUUCGGUGGCGGUGCACGCGUGCCGGCGCGGUGGCGUCACCGCGGGGGACAACGUGCUGGUGCUGGGCGCGGGGCCAAUAGGCUUGCUCCUCAUGCUCACCGCUAAAGCGAUGGGCGCCAAUAAAGUACUCAUCACAGACAUCCUGGAAUCCCGGCUGGAAUUCGCCAAGAAGCUUGGCGCGGAUUCUACGUUGCUAGUGUGCCGUGAGGACAAUGAAGCGGGUCUAGUGGCGCGCGUACACGCGCUGCUGGGCGCGCACCCCGACGUCUCCUUCGAUGCUAGCGGCGCCAACGCCUCCGUGCGACUCUGUCUUCUGGCAACGAAAUCGGGCGGUGUGGCGGUGCUGGUGGGGAUGGGUGCUCCCGAGCAGACGGUACCUCUCGCCGCCGCGCUCACCAGGGAGGUAGACGUGCGCGGCAUAUUCCGAUACGUCAACGAAUACCCCAUUGCGCUGAACAUGGUAGCUAACGGUCACAUCAACGUGAAGCCUCUGGUGACGCACCACUUCGACAUUGAGCAGACACUGGAGGCGUACGAAACCAUGCUUCGGGGAGAUGGCAUCAAGGUCAUGAUACACGUGCAGCCAAGGGACGCUAACAAUCCUGUCAAGUUUUAGGACAAAGCGUUUGGAUAUACUCCUCGCUACCUGUGAUGCUCAGCGCUGGAAACACUGGAACGACGCCAAAAAAAUCACAACAAAUAAAAGAUAAAUUUAGGCCGAUGAGAGUGUAAUUUUGCUAAAAGAAACACCUUAUGUACUGUUAGUGUCAGAAUUCUGUACUAUUGAUUCAUGUC